CCGCCGCUGCUGCCUCCGCCGCCGCCGCGAGCCCCAACCUGCCCGGCCGACCUGGCGGCGCAGUCUCGCGGGAUCGCCCAGCUCUCGCUCCCCGCGCGGCCCCGGAGGCGGUCGAGGCCCGGAGGCUGCCCCCCUCCCCACCCCACUUCACCCCGCCCGGGUCGCGUGAGGUGGCGGGGCCGCGCGACGCCGAGGGAGAGCCGCCCGAGGUGAGGCGCUCCGGGCCCGACGGGGCGAGCGGGCGAGCGGCGGCUGGCGCCGCAGGUGCGUCCCCUCCGGUCCCCGCAGGCCCCGGGACGCCGCUGCUCCGCUGCAGGCCGGGGACAGGUGCCCGGGCACGGGGCAGCGGGUUCAGGGGAGUCCCCACCCCGGGAGCUGCCGACGGAAGCAGUUGACCCAGAACUCAUUUUCAGGAAACGGCUUCCUUCAGAAUGGUCAAAAUAAUGGAAUGAGGCAUUUGGACGUUUUCUCUCUGAGCGAGAGUCUUCUGAUGAUGCAGGGAGUUGAAGAUUUAAUCCAAGCCAUGUGGUAAAGUCGGGGAUCUGAAGAAAAUGGAAAUGCCCCCGUUUCUGUGGCUGUGCCUUUUCCUACCCAUGGUAAGAGGACACAGCCUGUUCACCUGUGAGCCGAUCACUGUGCCCAGAUGUAUGAAAAUGGCCUACAACAUGACCUUCUUCCCUAACCUGAUGGGCCAUUACGACCAGGGAAUCGCCGCUGAGAAAAUGGAGCACUUUCUGCCUCUUGCAAAUCUGGAAUGUUCACCAAAUGUUGAAAUAUUCCUUUGCCAAGCUUUCAUACCAACAUGCACAGAGCAAAUUCAUGUGGUUCCACCUUGUCGUAAACUAUGUAAGACAGUAUAUUCUGACUGCAAAGACUUAAUUGACACUUUUGGGGUCCAGUGGCCUGAAGAACUUGAAUGUAACAGAUUGCCACACUGUGAUGACACUGGUCCCGUAACUCCUGAUCCACACACAGAGCUCCUUGGUCCUCAGAGGAAAACAGAACAAAUCCCAAGAAACAUUGGCUUUUGGUGCCCAAAGCAUCUGAAGGCUUCAGGAGAGCAAGGCUAUAAGUUCCUGGGAAUUGACCAGUGUGCCCCUCCGUGCCCCAACAUGUAUUUUAAAAGUGAUGAGCUGGACUUUGCCAAAAGUUUUAUAGGAAUAGUUUCCAUAUUUUGUCUUUGUGCAACUCUGUUCACAUUUCUUACAUUUUUAAUUGAUGUUAGAAGAUUCAGAUACCCAGAGAGACCAAUUAUAUAUUACUCUGUCUGCUACAGCAUUGUCUCUCUCAUGUACUUUGUUGGGUUUUUGCUGGGCAAUAGCACAGCUUGUAAUAAGGCAGACGAGAAGCUGGAGCUCGGGAACACAGUCGUUUUGGGCUCGAAGAAUAAGGCUUGCAGUGUGGUGUUUAUGUUUUUGUAUUUUUUCACAAUGGCUGGCACUGUGUGGUGGGUGAUUCUCACCAUUACUUGGUUCUUAGCUGCAGGAAGAAAGUGGAGUUGUGAAGCCAUUGAACAGAAGGCGGUGUGGUUCCACGCGGUUGCCUGGGGAAUGCCUGGCUUCCUGACUGUCACGCUGCUCGCUAUGAACAAAGUCGAGGGGGACAAUAUUAGCGGAGUUUGCUUCGUGGGCCUUUAUGACCUGGAUGCCUCUCGGUACUUUGUCCUCUUGCCUCUGUGCCUCUGUGUGUUUGUUGGGCUGUCUCUCCUUUUAGCUGGCAUCAUUUCCUUAAAUCAUGUUCGACAAGUUAUACAACAUGAUGGCCGAAACCAAGAGAAACUGAAGAAAUUCAUGAUUCGAAUUGGAGUCUUCAGUGGGCUGUAUCUUGUGCCCUUAGUGACGCUUCUUGGUUGCUAUGUCUAUGAGCUAGUGAACAGGAUCACCUGGGAGAUAACUUGGUUCUCCGAUCACUGUCGCCAGUACCGCAUCCCAUGUCCUUAUCAGGCAAACACAGAAGCUCGACCAGAAUUGGCUUUAUUUAUGAUAAAGUACCUGAUGACAUUAAUUGUUGGUAUCUCUGCGGUCUUCUGGGUUGGAAGUAAAAAGACAUGCGCAGAGUGGGCCGGGUUCUUUAAACGGAACCGCAAGCGAGACCCCAUCAGUGAAAGCCGGAGAGUGCUGCAGGAGUCCUGUGAGUUUUUCCUGAAGCACAAUUCCAAAGUGAAACACAAGCAGAAACACUACAAGCCAGGGUCACACAAGCUGAAGGUCAUUUCCAAGUCCAUGGGGACCAGCACAGGUGUGACGGCAGACCACGGCACCUCUGCCAUGGCAAUCGCCGACCACGACUACUUAGGACGAGAAACUUCCACAGAAGUCCAGACCUCCCCCGAAGUGUCCGUGAAGGAGGUGAGAGCAGACAGAGCAAAGGACCGGGACUGUGGAGAGCCUGCUUCCCCUGCAGUGUCCAGCUGCAAGCUGUCUGGGGAACAGAACGACAGGAAAGGCCGAGCGGGCAGCGUGAAGGAAAAAAGCAGUGUGUCGGAAGGGGCUCCGAGUGAAGGAAGGGUAAGUCCGAAGAGUGACAUCACUGAAACUGCCCUAAUGAAGAGCAGCAAUUUGCAGGUCCCCAGUUCUCCAGAACCAAGCAGCCUCAAAGGUUCCACAUCUCUGCUUGUUCACUCAGCUUCUGCAGUUAGAAAAGAGCAGGGUGCUGCCGGGCAUUCAGACACUUGAAGAAACUUUUCUCUCCUUACCCCGGAAGUCAGUUCUUAUUUUACUGGAGACGACAAUGCAUUUGUCUUUUUAAAACCACUGUUGAGCUGGGAGAGUAGUUCAGUGGGAGAACAUUCACCCAGAAUACUUGAGGUCCUGGGUUCAUCUUCCAGCCCUGCAAAAAGAAAAUUCACUGUUACAUUCUUCUUUUGCACUUAAACCAGCUUUGUCUACUGUCCAGCUGUUGGUUUGUUCGGUUGUUUCAAGACUGGGCAAAUCUGCGUAGCCCUGGCUGUCCUGGAACUCACUCUGUAGACCAGGCUGGCCU